UAUCUGAAACCGACGCAACCGGACUUUGCCUCGAUCCCGCGAGAUAUGCUGACUCGACAAAACAAUGAACCAGCGCCUGUGGAUAACGUAUGUUAGGUAUCUCGCUGCUAUUAAUACACCGGGGCGUCGUGUUAUGGAAUACCGAUCAUGGUUUUAAAUGACGAAGACGAAACAACAGCAGGAAUGAUUUAUACAUUGAAAGGAUUAUUGACUGAAUACUGAUAACAGAGUAGAUCAAACACCGCGCAUACCGUCCAAUGUGGAUCCGAGUUAGCCCAGAUACGGGGAUUCCCCUUCUGUGACGUCACAAUACAGUUCUCGCUCAGCGUGGGUCUUCCUGUGCAACUACAAUACCGGUUAUUACUAGUAAAUAUAUGAAAGUACAUAGACGGCGUAAACAGAACCUGUUCCAAUAGCUGAAGGUGAUCCAUGUAUGAUGGUGCAAGAGCCAAACCUCACCGAUGUUAAACGUACAAUCAUGACAAACAACUCAAACCAACCUGGCGGGCUCGACUCGGAUAGUACGUCCGUGUUUCUCGGAAGCAGCGCCACCUAUAGUGGGGAGUACAACGCCAUCUAUACACCAAUAACCCACUGGUCAAGCAGUAGCCCCGAGCAAUGUGACGAAUGUUGUUUGAAGUGCUGUUGUGGAGCUUGCUAUUUCCUUGGUUACCUGUUUUGUCUGCGACAGAUGACACGUGCGAAACGUGCUCAGAUCAUAUGGACAUAUUGUUUUGUGUUGGCAGUGGUUGGGGCGAUGGUGUGUGCUUUAAGCGUGUUCGGUCCUUUCGAACAGGAUGUGACUCCAACUGAUAUGCGUAUUGUUAACAGGAAGAUAUCAACUCUUUUCUGUGACAGCCUCACUCUGGACUCGACCUCUCAGUUUUCGGCGUAUCUGUUUAACACACAGCCAGACGUUGACACAGAUCAGAUACAGAAAUACCAACAGGAAGACUCAGUAUAUAUUCUUAAUGGAGAUUACAACUACUGGAAAUUUUACCUUUUGGAAGGAUCCGUCAUGAAUGUAAUGUCGUGCGCAGAUACAAAUAUAGAUCUCUAUAUCAUUAAAGGGGAAGACAACUUCAACACAUGGAAAAGAGACAACUUUUGUUCCGACUGUUUUAUUAAGGAAAGAAUUGUGACUAAAAGCUGUCAAGUUUCUAUGGACCAUUAUACGUUGAACGCAUCAACGUCCGACGACUACUACUUCGUCUAUAAAAACAGCAUCUACGACGCUUGGAUGACGGCACAAUUCCGAUUAGAGAGGACACUGUAUAAUACGAAUGGAUUUACAGACAGGUGCUUGAACAGUGUAAACUGUGACCUUGACCUUGACCUGGAUUCAAACCAUGGCGAUGAAAAAACGUGAAACAUAAUAUUUCUACAGUAGAAAAUGUGUUUUUAUACUUAAGUUGUCCCAGUUCCUUUAUUGACAUACUGGCAAGGUUCUUAAUUGCAACCAUAUCUUCAAGGGGAAAACAGGGCAAUAUUUAUAUAAUGGGAACAGGUAUAAGAUUAGAGCUGCUACACUUCGAGUUCGAAUCCAGUUUCGUCCUGCUAACGAUCCUGGAGAUCAAAGUAGGAAUUGUCAAUGACCUUUUUAACCGUUGGCAUUCCUCUUGACUUUGAGCAGUCACACAGUGAUAUAACUGAAGUACUGUUCCAGCAAGCUGAUCACAGCCGCCACAAUUCAACAGUAUUGGAGCCAUUUUAGAAGAGUUCCUACGGACAUAUUGAGUGUUUAAUCUCGCAAGUGUUCUUUGUGUGAUGGUAUUUAUGGCAAGAUGCAUUGAGUGAAUUUGUAUCCAUGUAAAAUCUACCUCAAUAAACGGAGCAAUAUUUUC